GGCCCCACCUCUAGCUCCACGCCCCGGCCGGCCCUGAGCCCCGCCCCCAUGCCCCAGCCACACUUCCCGGACCCGAACCCGCCCGGGGCGGAGCUGCACCUGGUGCGGGCCUGGGGCGUGGCGGGCGCCACGGAGCGCCAGGUGCGGCUUCCGCGUCAAGAUGGCCGCCACCAGCUGGGCCGGGGUCUGGUUCUCAUCCUGCGGCCGCCUUCCCGCCAGGCGCCCGCUGCUGCGAGUUGCCCUCUGCCUCCUGUGCUGGGGCCCGGCGGCUGUGGGCGCCGUCCCCGAGCUCGGGCUCUGGGCAGCGACGAUCAAUGACAAAUCAGGACCUUUGAUAUUUAGGAAAACUAUGUUUAACUCUACUGAGAUCAAGUUUUCUGUUAAGUCAUUCAGCUGCCCUGGGCCUGUGAAGUUUACCAUAGUGUGGCUUUUGGAACAUCAUCCCUGUCACAAUCAAUAUUCUGAGCUGGAAGAGCUGUCACAAAAACAUGAACUUAGUGUCAGUGAAGACUUUUGUGGUCAUUAUUUCAACAGCAGCGAAUGUUGGACAACAAAAAAUGAAAACUUAGAUUGCAACCGUAAUUCUCAGGCGUUUCCCUUAUUGAAUAAUAAAGAACUAAGAACAAAUACCGGAAGUGUUACAAACCAGGAAGGGUCAGCGGAUGUUGUAGCCAAAACACAGAGAGAUGGGUUUCAUAUCUUUAUUGUUUCUAUUAAAACAGAAAAAACAGAUGCAAGCUGGAAUUUGAAUGUUUCUCUUUCUAUGAUGGGGCCUCAUGGAUAUAUCUCUGCAUCAGAUUGGCCUCUGAUGAUUUUCUACAUGGUGAUGUGUAUCGUUUAUAUCUUAUAUGGCAUACUCUGGCUGAUGUGGUCUGCCUGCUAUUGGAAAGAUAUACUAAGAAUCCAGUUCUGGAUUGCAGCUGUUAUUUUCCUGGGAAUGCUUGAAAAAGCAGUUUUUUAUGCUGAAUACCAAAACAUCAACAGCACUGGGUUAUCAACCCAGAGUUUACUGAUCUUUGCGGAGUUGAUAUCUGCAAUUAAGAGGACGCUGGCUCGCCUCCUGGUGAUCAUUGUGAGCUUGGGAUACGGCAUUGUGAAGCCUCGUCUAGGAACAGUCAUGCACCGGGUCAUCGGACUGGGGAUCCUUUACUUUAUCUUUGCAGCUGCUGAAGGCGUGAUAAGAGUCAUUGGGGGUUCUAACCAUUUAGCUGUUGUAUUUGGUGACAUUAUUUUAGCCGUUAUUGACUCCAUUUUUGUAUGGUUCAUUUUUAUAAGUUUGGCACAAACUAUGAAAACUCUAAGGCUAAGAAAGAACACAGUGAAAUUUUCUUUGUACAGGCACUUCACAAAUACCCUGAUCUUUGCCAUAAUGGCAUCUGUAGUGUUUAUGGUGUGGACAACUAAGACAUUUAGAAUUGCAAAAUGUCAAUCAGAUUGGAUGGAACGCUGGAUUGAUGAUGCGUUUUGGAGCUUCCUUUUUUCCCUUAUCCUUGUUGUAAUAAUGUUUUUGUGGAGACCAUCAGCAAACAAUCAGAGAUAUGCCUUCAUGCCCUUAAUAGAUGAUUCUGAUGAUGAAAUUGAAGAAUUCAUGGUAACAUCUGAAAAUUUAACUGAAGGAAUAAAAUUAAGAGUCUCAAAAAUGGUUUCCAAUGGAACAGCUAAACCUGCUACUUCUGAUAAUUUUGAUGAAGAUUUGAAGUGGGUGGAGGAAAACAUUCCCUCUUCAUUCACAGAUGUAGUUCUUCCAGUAUUAGUGGAUUCAGAUGAGGUAAAAUAUAUUUUUGCUUAUGUCUUGGAGCUGUUAUUUCACAAGGUAGAAAUGUAUUUCAAAAGAAGCUCUGAAAGUUACUUUUGAAAAUGAUUACAAAUUGAGCGGAUUGAAAGACUGCGUUGAGUUGCGGGUAAAGUUUUAAGGAACUGGAUCCUCAUUUAAAACAGGAGCAAGAUAAAUACUUAUUGGUGUGAAAGGAGGGAAGAAUCCUUCUAUGAGGUUUUGAGUCUAUGAUUUUCUAACAUCUUAAGAUGUAAGAGUUUAGAAGACUUCAAGGUGGCGGUUUGUCUAAAUCAAUCUCUUAUGUUUGUAGAUAUUUUCCUGGGGUAUUAAAUAAAGUUUCUAACUGAGUUACAUUUACUAGGUAGGAAAUGUGAAUAGAUGAUGUGGAUUUAGGAAGGUUUUUGGGGGGAAAAAAUUAGUUAUAGAUCAUCUGGACACUGCAGGGUGGCCCAGGACAGGAAGACGUCUGAAGUGCAAGGAUUAAAGGAUGGACGUGGGGACCACCAGUUUAUCCAGAGGAAGAGGAGCGGGAAGUGAGUGGUAGCUAAGGAGUAAUUUACGUGGUGGCUGUAGAAUAUGAGAGAAGCUACAGCUCUGUUCAUUGAAAGGUCAGGGAGAAGACUGGCAUCAGCGCGGGGAUUUGGCCACAGUGGGAUGGGAAGUUUUGAGGAGGCUGUCGUGUAUACGCACCUUGCUACAAAACCAUUGAACUCCAGGAUUUGUAACUCUAUGGAAAGAUAUACCCUGGAAUUACUUUUAAAAGGGCAUUUGUAGUAUUCAUUUGAUAAAUAAUUGAUUUGUAAUUUCAAAAAUACCUAAAGUAGUAGAGUCAGGCAAAUCCCUAGAUGAGCUCUAUGCCUAAGAAAUCCAUUUUAGCUCUGUCCCUGCCUCACACUGGUGAUUCUGAAUUAGAAAUGUUACAGUUUUCUGAGCUUAACAGAUAAUUGAUUACACUCCAUUACUGGAAGUCUGGAUUAUAUGGUUUUCAUUUUCCAUAUCUAAUAUUUCUGUGUGUAUCGUGGCAUGUACCCCACAAAAUCCUGACUACUUCGUAGAGACGCUAUAGAGAAUUCUGUUAGGACCUGGAAGGAGCAUCAACAUUUUGAUGAAUAACUUCCCUUUUUUUUUUAAGGAAAUUAUGACCAGAUCUGAAAUGGCAGAAAAAAUGUUCUCUUCAGAAAAAAUAAUGUGAUUGGAACCCACAUAAAUGAAGCUUACAUAACAGUGAAGGACUUCCUCAAGACUAAAAGAGAACUCUGUUUUGAUACAGUACAAUAAGUUUUUAUUGCAUGAUCUUGGCAAUCUAUGUACUAAAACUAAGAAUUCAGAUGGUGGGAGGGUUCUGCAACCCUUAUUAAGCUGACUCUUGAAUGCCAGUUUAAUGUCCAUUAAAUUGCCUAGACUUGGCAAUGACCUGAGAGAAGUAUUAUAAUAAAGAUAGGUGCCCAAAUGCCCUUAGCUGAUGGGUGGCAGGCGUGUGGGUUUGGGUUCUCUUUUUUUUUUCCUGGGAAAUAUGACAAUUUAAA